GAGACGGCGCUGGGGCAGUGCCGGGCACGGCCGUGGGGCCGGAACAACUGCAACCACGAGGAGGACGCCAGCGUGGUGUGCACAGGACGGGCGCCGAGGGCCGCUGCGCCGUGCGCCGGCCGGCGGGAGGUUUUCCACGAGGGCCUCUGGGGCACCGUGUGCGACGACAUGUGGGGGCUGCCGGACGCGGCCGUGGUGUGCCGGGAGCUGGGCUGCGGGGCGCCGCUCUCGGCACCCGGAGCGGCCCUUUUCGGGGAGGGCUCCGGCCCCAUCUGGCUGGACAACGUGCGGUGCCAAGGGAACGAGUCGGCCCUGCUGCAGUGCCCGGCUGCCCCGUGGGGCGUCACGGACUGCCAGCACCGCGAGGACGCAGCGGUGGUUUGCACAGCCCUGGAGAGUCCCGGCAGGGCCCAGUACGGCCCAGGCACCGGCCCCAUUUGGCUGGACGAGGUGAACUGCACGGGGACGGAGCCUGCCCUGCGGCGGUGCCCGGCGGAGCCCUGGGGCAGGCACAACUGCAACCACCACGAGGACGCGUCCGCCGUGUGCCAAGGACCAAAGCAGGUCGGGCUCCACCUUCCCACACAAACUUCUCCCUCCAAGCCCUCCAUGGAGACCCAUGGUCCCCAGAGCCUUCCAGCGCCCACAGAGACCUUCAGCACCCAUUCUGCUGGCACCCCGACGGGCCCCAUGGAGCCUGGGGCCGUGCACACAGUCCCACUCCCAGAUCUUCUCUGUCUUCUUCCAGCUCUGUGCUGCAGCGCUGUCAUGGGAUCUGAGGCUCCCGUGCGGCUGUCAGGCGGCCGCUCGCCCUGCAGUGGACACGUAGAGAUCUUCCACGGUGGCCGCUGGGGCACCGUGUGCCGCCGCGGGUGGGACACGGUGGCAGCCCGUGUCCUGUGCCGGCAGCUGGGCUGCGGGCGCCCCUGCCACCUUCCCGUGCAAUGCAGCAACUUCGCACCCAGCCUGGAGCCGGUAUCGCUGAGCCGGGUGCAUUGCACAGGGCACGAGACGGCCCUGGCGCAGUGCAUCCUCCAGCCGGAGAAUGGGCAACCCUGUGCUCCGGAUCAGCUCGCGGGCGUUGAGUGCCAUGAACCCUUCCGGCUGAGUGGUGAGUGGGUGGUUUGCCAGGUGCGGGCCCUUUCCCCAGAGUGGAUGCGCACCAGGCUGGAUCAGCCCGCGCUCAUCCUCUCCUCUUUGCAGGACGCCUGA